AUGGCGCAAUUACAGUCCAAUUUAAAUAAUAGUAGUAGUAGUCGCUAUGGCGAGGGCGCCGUCCGCCAGGCCGACGUCCUUGCCAGCUGCUACGUGAUUGAUGCUGCGGCCACUCAGCUCAAGGGCCUCCACUACUGCACUACUCCUCUUGCCGGACUGCCUUCGCCACCAUCAAGCCCCCCCCUCGCCGCCAUCUCCGCCACGAACGAGCUGACCGUGUUCCCCAAGAACAAGGCCGGCGCCCAUACGACCAGCCGUGGCGGGCACGCUCGACCCAGCGGUCAGGGGGGGGCAACACUGCGGAUCAGGGAAGAGUGUGAGAGACUCUUUUGCGAGACCAUGAAGACUGUGUUUCUUGGUGAGAGGAACAUGGCCAGUACUGGCUCCAGCCUGACGGGUGUUUAUGGCGGUGUUCCUCCGUCUGCGUACCACAGCAGCAGCAGCAGCAACGGGGGAGCCGCCCACUACGACUACAUCGACAAUGUCCACAAUGACGACGGCGACGACGACCGCACGCCGCCGGCCGAGGACGGCCCAGGCAGCCUGGGCCGCCGCCGCACCUCGUCCGUCUCCGAGGGCGGCCGCAGCUACAGCUUCGGCUCCAGCGUCGGGGCACGCAGCAUUUCGACUGUGGCCUCGUCGGUCGAUGGCGACGGCGACGGCGACGGCGACGUGGCCCCUCCGUAUGCGGUGCCCGCGGCCUGGCUCGAGCUCUGGGACUUUGUCGGCUGCGGCAGCUUCCGCGGCUUUGUCGCCGAAGACCCGGCCGGCGCGACGUCCCUGUUUGCCUUUUUCGACGCGUCCGUGCUGAGCCGCGACCUCAAGCGCGCGCUCAUGGCGCUCAUCGAGCUCGCCGACACCGCGCUGCACUGCGCCCACCUCGUCAUCUGCGUCGACCGCGGCGGUGCCGAGGCGCUGCCCGACGAGGCGGCGACGCUGCUCAAGGGCCUGCAAUGGGCCGGGUUUUCGCUGACGACGCUGGACACGUGGACAGGCGGCGCGUGCGUGGACGUGACAAGUGCGCGGUGGAUCUUCAUGGGCAUGGAGCUGUAG